AUGGCAUCGGCCAGCUCAUCGCGUUCAGCAACACCGAAAACAGGGUCCUUGACACCCAAGGCUCGGUCCGUCACCCCCAUGACAGCCGGGCCGUCCGGUACGGGCAGCCCUGCCCCGCAGGUGGUGACGGACAUUUACCGCCCUCUUGCCAGCGCCAUCACUCGCCCACUCGAGCACAUUUCCGCGGUUAACGCAGAUGGAGGAAGUGCCAGCACCAGCACCGACCUCCCCACUCUGAUCGGUCUCGACGCGGCCACAUACUCGUCCCGGCUGAGCGGCAAAACGGUGCUCCUCACCGAUAUCCCGGGCACGACCUCGUCGUCCUCUGCUCUUGUCACUGGCCGGAAACGGAAUCGCGGGGACGCUGCAGCGAAGCGAGCUGUGAGGGCGGAGCAGAGGGAGCGUGAGGAGGCUGCGGCGGAGCGGGGAAUGGUCGGCGCACGGAAGCGCGGCGGUCUGACGCGCAGAUCGACCAGGAUCGACUACAACUCGCUUCUCCCGCUUCACCACCUACACGUGCGCUACAUGGCCCAGCUUUGCGCUCUGCCGACGCGCGAAUCGGCGUCGGCAACCGGACCUCUCCCACCGUCUGUCCGUGGGCCGUCGCUCCUUCCGGGCCUGUCGCCCGAGUCCCUGCAAAGCAAGCUCGUCAAGGCCGACAUGACCGGUGCGCGCCUCGAGGUGCGUUCUGCCAAGAAUGCCUCGCUCAAGGGCCUGUCGGGCCUCGUCGUGGAAGAAACAGCAGGCUCGUUCCGCCUGCUCGGGCGCGACUCGCAGGUCCGCGUCGUCCCCAAAGUCGGCAGCCAGUUCAUCCUCCGCUUCCCGGCCUAUACACCCGCACCAGGCGACCAGGACGCCGACCUGAGCGAGCACAUUGCGACGUGUCCCCAGAUCGAGGUUGAUAUCCUCGGUACGGCGUUUGCGUUCCGCUCAGGUGACCGUGCUGGACGCAAGUUUCGGCCGGCGCAGGGCGGCGGCGGCGGCAGCGGAUGGGGCGAAGACUAUGUCGAGGCCGAGUGGACGGGUGUGCUGCGAGAAGCACACAAGGCCGAGAAGAUGCGUGUGGUGGAGAAUAAGAGGCGGAAGCGUGGAAAGUCAAGGCGCAAGGACCCGCUCGUGCAUGGAAGUGUGCAAGUGUUCUAG